GCCCCCUCUUUCCCCUUGACCGUCACGGUCAUGCCUCAUUCCACGUCUACAUUUCCCCGUUCUGGCGUCCUCGUUCUCGGGGAACAUGCUGUCCAUUCUCUAGUACCAUCUAGACUCAUAUCUCAGGCAGAAUCUCUUCUCGACAGUCACCGAAUAGAGGAUGCAGUGGACAUAGCCGAUCAGCAGCGGAAGAAACUGCACAGUAACAUCUCCGUGGAUGAAGACGAGGUAGAAGAACUACGCUACGUAUACCAACGAAUAGGAUUCCAAUGUUUCGCCGAAACUCUCUUCGAAGACGCGGGCAAGAAUUUCUUCGAAGGAGAACUGGAUCCGCGACUUCUUGUUAGUUACUACCCCGACCUACGCGGAUCUCUUUUUUCUUUGCAAGACUCUAUCGAUGUCUUUGCCGGCGUUGCGGAGCGUAUGCCAGCAGAAUCUUCUGUUGAUGAUAUCAUUGUUGCCAAUCUAGUCAGGAAUUAUUCACCACAUCUAUCACCCAACACACGGACCGCUACCCCUACGGUGGAACUCCGAAAGAUUCUCGUAAUGGCUGCUCAUGAAAUGCUACAAGUCUUUCUGAACAAGUGCUAUCAUCGACGUAAGAUCGAGCCGGAAUAUGCGAACAAGUGGAAGGACACGUUUGCUGUUGUCGAUACUGUUCUGGUCAAGCUAUACGCGCAACUCAAAAACAGGAAGGAACUGUACACGUUGGUUCAGGAAACAAACUACAUAGUUCUCGAUGAGAUCGAACCAGUGUUGAGGAACGCGGGACAGUACAACGCUCUCUGCAUGCUCUACAGGCAAUCAAAAGAUGACAAGAAGCUCCUUGAAGUCUGGGCAAAACUAAUUGAGGGUGAAUGGAAAGACGACGAUAUAACAGACCCACUUUCCGAUAUGAUAACCCUUCUCACGGAAAAGAAAGACCGACAACUGAUACAACAAUGGGGAAUCUGGUUAACCAAGAUUGACCCAGAACAGGGACUGAAGCUGCUCACUUCCCAAAAUACUUCAAAACGGCGGGAGAAGCUAGAAGACGACUCUGCCCUGUUAAAGCAAAUCUCUGAAGCCAAUCCUGCAGCCGGUUCGCAGUAUCUUGAGCAUCUCGUGCUACAGAAACGAACCCCUUCGCGCGCCCUUCACGAACAGUUUGCAACUGCUCUGGUCGACCAGUUACUUUCUCAUGUCUCCCAAGACGCCGUAUCCAAGCUAUGGCGGGCCAAAGCAUCCUCUUUUGCGUCAAGUCGCAGCGAAUCUACUGUGUCUUUCUUUUCCUACUUUGUCUCAACAACGCCCGAUUCCGAUCACAAGCGCGCGCGAAUAAAGAACGCUUUGUUCCUCCAAGGGUCGGCAAUGUACGAUUUCCAAAGCAUCAGAGACAAGCUAGCUCCGCACCAGAAGCUUCUCAAACUUGAGAUGGCGAUUAUUGAAGGCAAGCUAGGGAAUCAUCGUGCAGCGCUGUCUAUUUUAAUACACGAUCUACAUGACUCGAAUUCUGCCGAGGUAUAUUGUGCCCUGGGAGGCGAGGUGAUUCCCAGCAAGGCGGCGCUAUUCGCUGUUGAGAAUACCGUUGGCCUGCAACCGUGGACAUCAGCGAGCUGGUUUGUGAAACCGAAUAACGGAACAAAACCAAAAGCUGCGGACGAAGAGCUCAAACGAAAUUUACUGAAGAUUCUGCUAGAAGUUUAUGUAACUGCCCAGGAUCCAAAUAGAAGUCGUACGGCACGCUUGCUCGACUCGCAAGCUGUUAACCUGGAUGUUGUUGAUGUUAUUCCCCUCGUUCCACCAGACUGGCCUCUCAAUACCAUGUCUUCCUUCCUGGCUCGCUCUUUCCGAAGAACGCUACAUCAGCGUCACGAAGGCCAGAUCAUCAAGACUAUAAGCGCCGCCCAAAACCUCGAAGUGAAAGAAAAGUCAUGGCUCAUACUUCGCGAAGAGGGAAUGGUGGUGGAAGAACUAUUAGAGGAUGAUGAUCAAGAUGAUUUGGAUUCUGGAUAUGUUGACGAGAAGUCGGCUUUGCAGGUUACGCUUGGCCCCGCAGCAGAUUCGGGACAAGGGGAGAAGUUUUUGAAUGGUGGGCACCAACAUUCUUGGGACGAUACUGUAGAUAUUGGAUAAUGUGUAUAUUUAAUGUUUCACACAAAGGGAUCUGAUGGGAUCUGAUGAGCUGAUGUGACUCUUGAGUAUUGGAGUUGUGUGUUCAUCCCGU